AUGGCUUCGUAUACAAGGCAUCUCACGGUGUGUAGAAUUGAGCGCAACACCGCCGGAGUUGGUGUCGCCAGCAAGCUCUGCACUGAGAAGGCUGUCAACCCGGAGAUUGGGGCUCUGACACAGCAUCAAGACACUGCCUUGGAGAAUGCUGGUGCUCUGAACAAGGCCAUUACUCUCGAGCUGGCGAAGCAGUUGGCUGGUAUUGGUGCCGAUUCCAACUUGGCUCUGCUGAGUGGAACGUUUGCUCCUGGUGAUCCUAGCGACUCGACUGGAAAAGGAAGCUCUUGCGACGCCGAGGAACCUGAUCUCGGCUGCAUCUUUUCCGAGAAGCUUGUCGUGCUUGAUGCCACCGAGGAGGAGAUCUCUGUCGCGUCUGUUACCGGAAACGUUGACCUUGCCACCAUUGUCAAGGGAGGAUCUGGUGAUACCACCGGAGCAGCUUCUGGAGUAGCUACAGGAUCUGCUGGAGAUGCUUCUGGGAUCUCUUCAACGUCCGACGCUGCUGCUGUGACUAAUGAUGCCGGUGGAAACAACAGCAGUAGCGCUAUUGAUGUCGCAGCGACCACGGCAGUCGAAGCCACAACAGCGGAAGGAUGCGCCGUUGUGACAACGGCCAUCACCCCCGUGGCUCCGUCAAAACAGGCUGCGUGCUCUACAAUUGUCAAAACCGUGGCUGCUGAUGCAACCUCUGCUGUUCUCGCGACUCUCACAUCUGCCACCGUUGGUCAAGUCACCUCAGCCGGAGUCAACAUACAGUCUUUCACCGGCAUCCUCGGCGGUCCGCCUCCCCCGUCGUCUCUUCGGCCGGUGACCGUCCCUUCUCGGUCAAUGGCCACACCUUCACCGAUGCCGGCGCUGCUCUCAGCCGAUCUUGCGAUACCCAGCACAAUGCUUAUGCCAACGCCGCCAACUCUAGACAGCUUGCUGGCGGUACAGCUCAGUAAUGGCAGCUUUGGCUCCUGCUCUGAUCUUAGCAUCAUUUUCGCUGCAGGCCUUAACGGUCGCAAGGAAGAGGCUUUCGCGCCGUCGAACGAGGCAGACUUUAACCACGGAUCUGCGCAGAAGAUUGGCAUCAUCGCCGACUUUAUCUGCCAACGUCUUGGAGACAGCUGCAGGCCGAUGCGGAUGUAG